AUGAGGCCAGGAGGAGGAGGAGGAGGCCAGGAGGAGGAGGAGGAGGCCAGGAGGAGGAGGAGGAGGCCAGGAGGAGGAGGAGGAGGCCAGGAGGAGGAGGAGGAGGCCAGGAGGAGGAGGAGGAGGCCAGGAGGAGGAGGAGGAGGCCAGGAGGAGGAGGAGGAGGCCAGGAGGAGGAGGAGGAGGCCAGGAGGAGGAGGAGGAGGCCAGGAGGAGGAGGAGGAGGCCAGGAGGAGGAGGAGGAGGCCAGGAGGAGGAGGAGGAGGCCAGGAGGAGGAGGAGGAGGCCAGGAGGAGGAGGAGGCCAGGAGGAGGAGGAGGCCAGGAGGAGGAGGAGGCCAGGAGGAGGAGGAGGCCAGGAGGAGGAGGAGGCCAGGAGGAGGAGGAGGCCAGGAGAAGGAGGCAAGGAGAAGGAGGCAAGGAGAAGGAGGCAAGGAGAAGGAGGCAAGGAGAAGGAGGCAAGGAGAAGGAGGCAAGGAGAAGGAGGCAAGGAGAAGGAGGCAAGGAGAAGGAGGCAAGGAGAAGGAGGCAAGGAGAAGGAGGCAAGGAGAAGGAGGCAAGGAGAAGGAGGCAAGGAGAAGGAGGCAAGGAGAAGGAGGCAAGGAGAAGGAGGCAAGGAGAAGGAGGCAAGGAGAAGGAGGCAAGGAGAAGGAGGCAAGGAGAAGGAGGCAAGGAGAAGGAGGCAAGGAGAAGGAGGCAAGGAGAAGGAGGCAAGGAGAAGGAGGCAAGGAGAAGGAGGCAAGGAGAAGGAGGCAAGGAGAAGGAGGCAAGGAGAAGGAGGCAAGGAGAAGGAGGCAAGGAGAAGGAGGCAAGGAGAAGGAGGCAAGGAGAAGGAGGCAAGGAGAAGGAGGCAAGGAGAAGGAGGCAAGGAGAAGGAGGCAAGGAGAAGGAGGCAAGGAGAAGGAGGCAAGGAGAAGGAGGCAAGGAGAAGGAGGCAAGGAGAAGGAGGCAAGGAGAAGGAGGCAAGGAGAAGGAGGCAAGGAGAAGGAGGCAAGGAGAAGGAGGCAAGGAGAAGGAGGCAAGGAGAAGGAGGCAAGGAGAAGGAGGCAAGGAGAAGGAGGCAAGGAGAAGGAGGCAAGGAGAAGGAGGCAAGGAGAAGGAGGCAAGGAGAAGGAGGCAAGGAGAAGGAGGCAAGGAGAAGGAGGCAAGGAGAAGGAGGCAAGGAGAAGGAGGCAAGGAGAAGGAGGCAAGGAGAAGGAGGCAAGGAGAAGGAGGCAAGGAGAAGGAGGCAAGGAGAAGGAGGCAAGGAGAAGGAGGCAAGGAGAAGGAGGCAAGGAGAAGGAGGCAAGGAGAAGGAGGCAAGGAGAAGGAGGCAAGGAGAAGGAGGCAAGGAGAAGGAGGCAAGGAGAAGGAGGCAAGGAGAAGGAGGCAAGGAGAAGGAGGCAAGGAGAAGGAGGCAAGGAGAAGGAGGCAAGGAGAAGGAGGCAAGGAGAAGGAGGCAAGGAGAAGGAGGCAAGGAGAAGGAGGCAAGGAGAAGGAGGCAAGGAGAAGGAGGCAAGGAGAAGGAGGCAAGGAGAAGGAGGCAAGGAGAAGGAGGCAAGGAGAAGGAGGCAAGGAGAAGGAGGCAAGGAGAAGGAGGCAAGGAGAAGGAGGCAAGGAGAAGGAGGCAAGGAGAAGGAGGCAAGGAGAAGGAGGCAAGGAGAAGGAGGCAAGGAGAAGGAGGCAAGGAGAAGGAGGCAAGGAGAAGGAGGCAAGGAGAAGGAGGCAAGGAGAAGGAGGCAAGGAGAAGGAGGCAAGGAGAAGGAGGCAAGGAGAAGGAGGCAAGGAGAAGGAGGCAAGGAGAAGGAGGCAAGGAGAAGGAGGCAAGGAGAAGGAGGCAAGGAGAAGGAGGCAAGGAGAAGGAGGCAAGGAGAAGGAGGCAAGGAGAAGGAGGCAAGGAGAAGGAGGCAAGGAGAAGGAGGCAAGGAGAAGGAGGCAAGGAGAAGGAGGCAAGGAGAAGAUCAACCUUGAAAGAAUCAUUGAUUACAUUGAGUUAAUCAUCUCAAUACGAUUACAUGAUGAGGAGGAAGACGACCAGGAGGACAUACGAUCUCAACUGCGGACAUGGUCCACUUCACUGGAGGUGACACCAGGAUGGGAAAAAGUUAUCUGUGGACCACCAUCACGUAAAACACUUGACUGA